GCGGCGAUGGCGGCGGGAGCCAUGGCGGUUCGGCGGCGUGGCGGCCCUUGGCGCUCGGCACCGGCCACGGAGCUGCCGGCCUGGCGGCUGCGCUGCGAGGGUGGACGGCAGCUCUGGCACUACCUGGGCGAUGGUGAUGGCGAUGGCGGGGAGCGGCGAGCGCAGACAGCGCUGGAGCAGCACAGCCUCGGGCUGGACACGGACGCGACGCUGCGGACGCUGCCGGCGGCCGGCUCGGCCCGGGACGCGGCCCGCAACGGGAUGCGGUUCUACGCAGCGCUGCAGGCCGAGGAUGGGCACUGGGCGGGCGACUACGGCGGGCCGCUGUUCCUGCUGCCAGGUCUCCUCAUCACCUGCCACACGGCCAAAAUCCAGCUGCCCGAGGGGUUCCGGAAGGAGAUGAUACGCUACCUGCGCUCUGUGCAGCUCCCGGAUGGAGGCUGGGGCUUACACGUGGAGGACAAAUCAACAGUGUUUGGCACAGCCCUCAACUAUGUAGCCUUGAGAAUCCUGGGGGUUGGACCAGAUGACCCUGAUGUUGUACGGGCCCGUGUCAACCUGCACAGCAAAGGAGGUGCUGUGGGAAUCCCUUCCUGGGGCAAGUUUUGGCUGGCUGUCUUGAACGUUUACAGCUGGGAGGGAAUGAACACGCUUCUCCCAGAGAUGUGGCUGCUUCCCACAUGGUUUCCAGCCCACCCGUCACGGCUCUGGUGUCACUGCCGCCAGGUUUACCUUCCCAUGAGCUACUGCUAUGCUAAGCGUUUGUCAGCAGAAGAGGACGAGCUUAUACGGAGCUUGCGGCAGGAGCUGUAUGUGCAGGACUAUGCCAGCAUAGACUGGCCAGCACAGAGGAACAACGUGGCUACCUGUGAUGUGUACACCCCGCACAGCUGGCUGCUGGGUGCUGCCUAUGCCAUCAUGAACGUGUAUGAAGCUCACCACAGCACUCACCUGCGGCAGCGAGCCGUCACAGAGCUGUACGACCACAUCAAGGCUGAUGACAGAUUCACCAAGUGCAUCAGCAUUGGCCCUAUCUCCAAGACAAUCAACAUGCUGGUUCGGUGGUUCGUGGAAGGGAAGGACUCCUCAGCUUUUCAGGAGCAUGUUUCCAGGAUCCCUGAUUAUCUUUGGCUGGGCCUCGACGGCAUGAAGAUGCAGGGCACAAACGGAUCCCAGCUCUGGGAUACUGCUUUUGCUAUACAAGCCUUCUUGGAGGCAGAAGCCCAGGAGAUGCCUGAAUUCACCUCCUGCCUCCAGAAUGCCCAUGGGUUCCUCCAGUUCUCCCAGAUCCCAGAGAACCCACCCGACUACCAGAAGUAUUAUCGUCACAUGAACAAGGGUGGCUUCCCCUUCAGCACGCGGGACUGCGGCUGGAUUGUGGCAGAUUGCACAGCAGAGGGGCUGAAGGCAGUUAUGCUGCUGCAGGAGAAGUGUCCCUUCAUAGCCAAGCCUGUGCCUGCUGAGCGCCUCUUUGAUGCUGUGAAUGUGUUGCUGAGCAUGAGGAACUCGGAUGGCGGCUUUGCCACUUAUGAAACCAAGCGAGGAGGCCACUUACUGGAGUUGCUGAAUCCCUCGGAGGUGUUUGGUGACAUCAUGAUUGACUAUACCUAUGUGGAAUGCACAUCAGCUGUCAUGCAGGCACUGAGACACUUCCAGAGCCAGUUCCCUGAGCACCGAGCCCUGGAGAUCAGGGAGACUCUGAAGAAGGGCCUGGAUUUCUGUCGCAGGAAGCAGCGAGCGGAUGGGUCCUGGGAAGGGAGCUGGGGGGUUUGUUUCACCUAUGGCACCUGGUUUGGUCUGGAGGCGUUUGCCAGCAUGCAGCACACAUACCACAGCGGGACUGUCUGCCAAGAGGUGGCCCAGGCCUGCCAAUUCCUCAUCUCCAAGCAGAUGACAGAUGGUGGCUGGGGAGAGGAUUUUGAGUCCUGCGAGCAGCGCACAUAUGUGCAGAGUGCUGAGUCCCAGAUCCACAACACCUGCUGGGCCCUGCUUGGGCUCAUGGCUGUCAGGUACCCUGACAUCAGUGUGCUGGAAAGGGGCAUUAAAGUGUUGAUGGAUAAGCAGCUGCCCAACGGGGACUGGCCUCAGGAGAACAUUGCUGGGGUGUUCAACAAGUCAUGUGCCAUCAGUUACACCGCGUACCGCAACAUCUUCCCCAUCUGGACGCUGGGGCGGUUCUGCCGGCUGUAUCCCAACAGCCCUCUGGCUGGGCAGCUGCCAGCCAGGGCCAGAGCCUCAACUGGGGCAGGGCAGGAGGAGCAGAGAGCCCUGUCUGCUUGAACGUGGGACACUGGGGAUGCCAUGGCCCUGGACUCAUCUUGUAUCCCAGUGUCUGCACGGGGCCAUGGCGGUGUGUGCUGCACGGGAUAUCUCAAUGCUG